AAGUGCAGUGAGCGGGUCGGAGCUGCCCAGGUGUCAGUGCUCGGAUCCGGCCGGUCCCAGGGAGAGUCACCGAACACACGGCCCCGGCUACAGCUCACAUGUCUGCCUUUCAGCUGGAGGCCACGGAUGGCAGUGGGAGCACAGUCCUGCCCCCGGGGGAGACCCUGAUAGGAAGAGGACCCCUCCUGGGGGUUACAGAUAAAAGGGUGUCCAGAAAUCACGCUCUUCUUGAAGUUGUGGAUAGCAAACUGCGCAUUAAGCCGGUUCAUUUGAAUCCAUGUUUUUAUCUGGCUGCUGGUAAAAGCUCUUUUAUACCAUUGGAAAGAAACGAGUGGUAUUGGCUGAACUCCAGUGACUGCUUUUCAUUCUUGCCAGACAAAUAUAUUUUCCGGGUCAUUGAACAAUGUACUGAAGAUGAGAAACAAUUAAGAAAUGAAGCACUUUCUGAAAACUGUCCAUUAAGUAAACGAUCUGCAAGCUCCCCAGCUGCACCUCAAACAUACGAGAAGUCUUCUUGCUCAACGGUUGAUACGUCACAUAAAGCCUUGUUUAACGCAGAUCAAGAAUUGCUUGCUGUGACCGAAGAAAAGACAUCAGUUGACCAAGCACCAGCAGAGGAAUAUAAAGGAAGAGAUCUAAAAUCCAGCUGUGCCCCGAGGAAACGAAUUUUGCCCAAUUGGAUGUUACAGGGAGAACUGGAAAUUAAAAACCUCCCAUUCUGUGUUAAAAAACCUGGAAGAAAGAGAGAAACCUUUUCUGAGCGAAAAGCGACUGCAAGCUGUAAUGGUGGGAAUUCUCUAGGAAAGAACUUGUCCUCCAGGGAUGCCAUUGGAGACGAUGAACAAGGGAGUCCAAAGAAGAAAAAGAUACAGUUGGAGGUUACAUCUACAACAUCACCGAACAGAUUACAGGGUAACACUAAUAUGGAAACUUCAAAUAAUGACUGCAUGAAAUCAAAUUUACUACAUGACCGUGAUAUGGACAACCAGGAAAGUGAAGAUGUUGAGAUGUCACAACCGAAUGAACCUCAGCAGGGUGGCUCUAGCAGUCAGUUUUUUAAGCACUCAUCCAAUUCUAAGAAAUCUAAAGAGGAUGAUAUCUGUCAAAGCACUGAAGAAGAUGCAUGUUAUGACAAAGCAGAUUCCUCCCAGGAAGCUUCUAAAAAGAGGACCCGAUGCAUUUAUGCAGAAAACUGCUACAGAAAAAACCCUGCUCAUUUCCAAGAGUUUUCUCACCCGGGAGACGGUGAUUACUGUGACGAGGAGGAUGAUAGUCAAGAUGACAGGCCAGAGUGUCCAUAUGGAACAGAUUGUUACAGGAAAAAUCCACAACAUAAGCAAGAAUAUAAACACACCAAACCACCAGGCAGACGGCUACGGAAAAGAGCUACAAAAAAAGGGGAAAGAGCUCUGGAUGAUAGCGAUAAUGAAUAUGACUUGGAAGACAGCUUCAUAGACGAUGAGGAAGAGGAUUUUGACAAUACUGAUGAAGAUUCUGAUUGGGUGCCUGAUUCAGAAGACAAGGGAAGCGAGGAUGUGAAUUUGCUUUUAAAGGAGGCCAAGAAAUUUGUAAAAGGGAAACCUUAAUAAACCUUACCGGCAUCUGUUUUGUUUGUUUUCUAAGUCUUUUAAACACAUGAUAUAAGUGCUAUAAUAAAAUACCUACCGCUUUCCACCUUUACAAAACUCCACAAAGAUAUAUUAAUGUCAAUGUCUAUUUUGAUAUAUUUCUAAACAUAGUAUUUUAUAUAUUCUAGUUUUUGAUUCCUAUAUAUUUUAUUUUAUUAGGGAAAAGUUCUCUUGUUAAAAUUUUCCGUGAUGAAACAUUUCAAAUUUCCAAGCAUAUAUUUGUAUCUGAAUGUAAACUUUAUACCGGUUUCUCAUUUUUAAGGAACGCUGGUGACUGCUUUUAUUUGGCAUGUGAAUAAAUGUUAUUUUAUUUUUAA